AGCCCCUCCCCCCUUUGCUGCAUAGCAACUACUAUCACUUCUUAUAGUGAAUGGUAUUAGGAAUGGAUGCUCCUGAUACUGAAAUCAAAGACUUUGACAAAGUGGAAGAAUCUGUGUCUGAUGUCUCAAUGCAGGCAUCUGCUUCUCAUAUUGAGGAUGUUGAUAGUGAUGAGCCGGAUGGCAAAAAGAGAUCAUUAGAAAGUGGUCAGAAUCCCUCAGCUGCAGAUGUGACGGGUGACAGUGGUGAUGAGCCAGAUGGCUCUCAAUCUCCAAAACGGAGAAAAAGAUUGCCAGAAGGUGCUCACAACCCUCCAGCCGAUGUGAUGGGUGAUGGUUAUGAUGAACCAGAUGGCCCUUUUCAUUUUCCGAAAUGGAGAAAGAGAUCGCUACUAGAAAGUGUUCAGAAUCCCCCAGUCAAUGUGACGGAUAUGGAGAAAAGCCUGAAAAUAUACAAAGAUGACCCUAAUGAAGUGGACAAGACUGGUUUUGGCUUUGGACCCAUCCACUACCUCAUUAAAAAGAAUCAUGCUAACAGAAAGGAACUACUCAUUUGUCUGGCAAUAUAUAGCAUGGCAAACCUUGACCUAACCACCACCGAGUUACGUGAAGUGACUGCACUACACCUAGCUUGCCAGGCUGGUGACCAUGUAAGUGUGGAGAUACUGAUUUCUUUGGGUGCUGACGUUAACAAGUGCGAUAAAUUUGGGAGAACCCCAUUGGAUUACGCACAACAACACAUCACUCAUCCUUCAGUAGAAGACAUGGCCGUACAAAUGAGACAUCUGGAUCGAGGAGAAACAGUUAUUGUAGCAGGAAAGAAUGCCAAGAUUUCCGGGCUAGAUGAGACCACAGAGAUAACCAGAUCACAAGCUGUGUCAAUGAAUGUCGUUAACGUUGUUGAUCAACCGAGGAAUUCCAAAAUAUUGCAAAUGCUGAAAGAGGUGGGAGCAGUUUCCGGGGAUGAUUUGCAGAAGAAAUAUCGAUAUUCUAGACCCCCAAAACAAGCAAACGUCGACUGUAGAUCAUGGAAGAGAAUGGAAGAUGAAGUAAAUGCCAUACUCAAGAUUGACACACCAACCCCAGAGGAUGCAAUGAAGGCUGUACAGCUCCUCAAAGAUCAAGGGAAGUAUCGAAAAGUUUGCGGCAGCAGAAUUUUGUGUUUGGAUGGAGGAGGAAUUCGAGGUCUGGUUCAGAUGUGCAUCUUGCAAGAGAUUGAGCGACGUACGGGAAAGUGUGUGACGGAGCUAUUCGAUUGGAUAGUUGGCACAUCAACAGGUGGCAUCAUUGCGCUAGCUCUGACCUAUGGGAUGUCAGGUCCCAGUUACAAGUCCCUUUUGGAAAUUCGUAACAAUUAUUGGCAGAAGAAAGACGACAUUUUCGGGAGUAGUACAGAUGGACUACUCGGGUUCUUUGGGAAAGGCAACACUAAAGAGUUGGAGUCUGUCGUAAAGCAGUGGUUGGGAGAUAAAGUCAGGCUAAAUGAUGUGGAAAAACCACGUGUUUUGAUUCCCGCUGUUCAGAAAAGUGAGACUGAUUUAAAACUCCACUUCUUCAAUAACUGCUUUGACAACGACUACAGUAAAGAACUUGUAUGGAAGGUUGCUCGGUACACGUCAGCUGCUCCGUUCUAUUUCACUGAAUUUGAAAAUUACAUUGAUGGUGGACUCCUGGCUAACAACCCUUCCUCCGAAGCUCUCACUGAAAUCCAACGCCAUUUUCGGGAGAAGGGUCAGAAGUUGCCAAUAUCCUUUGUACUGUCUAUUGGCUCAGGGACUAAUCCUCCUAAAGAAAUUGGGAAAAUCAAUGUCCAAAAGAGUACUCUCAAUCCAAGGACAUGGAUGAACUUCUUUGAUGUUGUCGGAUCAGCGCUUCUCAACAAAGGUGCUGAUGAGAACUGUCGGAGUCGUUGUGAGGAGCAGGGUAUCAGUUACUUCAGGUUCAACCCACAACUAGACGAUGCCGUUGACUCUGGCCAAAAAGAUGAGACAAAACUACUCAAGAUGCUCUACAAGACACGAGUCUAUUUGGCAACUCAGAAAAAACAGAUGGACAAUUUAAUUGAGCUAUUAGAACAAUCUGCACUUGACUCUCUGAUCCAUUGAAUGAAUAUACGUAGCAUCUAUAGCUAUGUUGUUUUGCUGACUUUUGUGCGAGUCUCAUUUUUGCCACGAAGUAUUUAGAAUUGUUUUUGUUGAAGAGAUAAAAUUAUGGAAGACAUUGGCUUAAUUUCAACCUUAA